CCAAAAUCAACUACAUCUUUGGAAUAUAUGGAAAACCACUCAUAGAGCUGCUAAUUUUCUCGAUUAUACCUUUCGCCCUUCGAGCUUGCGACAGCCUUCCGCGGAUCCAGGAUUCUUGUGCAGCGCAUCUAUUCCGUGAUAAUUCCGACGCUUGACCGAAAGAACACAGGCCACUGACCGCAUUCGAAACGAAAUGACCUGCUGGACAUGAACCGACCCUUCCAUAUCUGAACUCUGUGGAUGAAUUGCCUCCAUGAGCUGGAAUCUGCUUGAGCGGUUCAUCGAGUCCGAACACUUCAAUAAGGACCCCUCGUUGACCGUCGCUUACCUUGCUCGCUAUGCCGAGCACGUCGGUAUCCACUAUGUGCUCUGUUCGAAACUGCGCCGCUUCAGCUAUGAAGAGAUCGAGUUCUUCCUCCCGCAACUAUGUCACCUCGUCAUAUCGAUCGACAACGAGUCGAUGGCCCUCGAAGAGUUCAUCGUAGAUCUAUGUGAAGAGUCGGUCAAUGGUGCAUUGCUGACCUUCUGGCUAUGCCAGACAUAUCUCCACGAUCUGUCCCGCCUCCCGACUACGAAUGCCUUCCAAACUUGUCGGCGGAUAUACAACAGAGUUCAAAGAAUCGUGUUCGGUAGCGGUGAGCCCGUGAAAAGAGAGCGCAUCCGAGAGAAUGUUCUUCCUGUGACAGUUCUUUCAAGUCUGGUACUGGCAAGCAUUGCUGUGCCCACGUUGGCAUGGCACGCGGGCCCACUUGCCAUAGCGCAAGCACGACGGCCACGACCUGUGGAGCCCGAGCCUGUGGAAACAUCAGCAGGGGCUCCCCGGGUGCAGAGAGUGCCCUCGGCCUCUGGGACAAAUCAGAUCGCUGCUAGGAAGGUUCGGCAAGGAGCUACCGACACGAGAGACGCCGCGUCACGGAAAACGCGAAAAGUAUCCGAGCAGUCGCUGAAUGGAGCAAAGUCGCCACAGAUCAGGCAAGGACAGCCGGCGACAGAAGGGCGACCUAUGCAUGCACAUCGCCAAUCGAUUGCGGUCGUACGAAACAGCGAAGCAUUGGUCAGUACUGCUUCGCUACCAGAUCAAAGAAAUUCGGACGGAGCGAAAAUUACAUCGCCUUCAUCGCCCGCCAUACCAAAAAGGAUAGCAGGAGACCUUCCAAGACGACAUUCGCAAGUUCUACGAUCGGUCUCAUCUACAUCUCUAUCGAGGGCCCAGAAGGUCCGUAUGAUUCGGCAGAACUACUUUCGCAAUCAAACACAGCUUAUCACUGCGCUUGAGAAUAUAUCAUCGCGAUUGGUAAGCGUCCCGAAGCCGGCACGGCUGAGUGCUCUACGCGCGGAGCUUGGUCUUCUUGCUCAGGAUCUUCCGGCAGAAGUUGAUAUUCCUCUUAUCUGCCCAGCGACUCUCGUAGACGGAGCAGCAAGUAAAAGUCGGCAUCAUCGCAUUGUGAGACUAAAUCCAGCUGAGGCGACCAGCCUUAAUAGCGCAGAGAAAGUCCCAUAUCUGCUUAUGCUUGAGGUGUUAUUGGAGGAUUUCGACUUCGAUCCGGAAACGCCACAGAACCAAGAAUUGUUGGCAAAUUUGUUGUCUGAAAAAGGCAAGCCGAAGAGGCGAUUGUUUGAUACUGCAGAUGCAGCCAGACAAAGUGCUGCGCGCGCAGCCAACGAAGAAGAACGAAUCGAUAGUGUUUUGGAGCCUACUGCUGGCGAUCUGUCCAGCGCAGCCCUGAUCCAAGAUGUGGAAACCAAUCCUGGCAAUACGCGCCCACAUUUGAUCACGUUACAGUCAUCUGGAGCGAUCAGUUCGAGCUCGGCUGUGGAGCGGCUUUCGACAUCGCGCAAUUCAGAAGGUCCGACUAGCAGAUCAAGUAGCUCGGCCGCAUCACCAUUCCUCCGAGCGCAGAAUCCUGUGCAGCCAGAUGUAUCGGCCUUGGCGGAUCACAUGCGAACGGCAUCUUCAAUGCUUGCGCAAUUAGAGAUGAGUGCGACAAGGAGACCGAAAAAUGAGGUCGCAGCGAUCAAAGCCAAGAUCAUCGCCAGUAUGCAAACGUUGGAAGAGCAGAGCUUCUCGCCAGAAGAUGCUCUUCAAACGCCAAGUUUUGAAUCUAUUAUUGCUAAAGCCGGCGCCGCUGCGGCUCAGGCUGAGCCUGGAGACAUCGAAGACGACGCCUUAGAAGGUCCGGCAGAUCCGGGACCCAAUGCUGGCAAAGGUGCAGCCCGCAUGGAAAACGAUGCCGUCACCGGUGGCCUCCAGCGCAAGGGCGAUCGUGAUGAUCCUUCUGCUGCAACAUUUGGUGAAGCCUGGGAAGUGAAGAAGGAGCGUAUACGCAAGACUUCUCCUUAUGGUUGGAUCAAACACUGGGAUCUCAUUUCAGUGAUUGUCAAAACUGGAGACGAUCUCCGGCAAGAAGCCUUCGCCUGCCAGCUCAUCACCAUUUGCGCCAAGAUCUUUGCCGAGCACAAUGUGGACGUGUGGGUGAAGAACAUGCGCAUUCUGGUCACCGGCGAGGCCUCGGGUCUUAUUGAGACUAUCACAAACGCUGUGUCACUUCACUCGAUCAAGCGCUCCCUCACGCUGGCUUCCAUAGCUGCCGGAACUAACCCCAAGAAACGGAUUGCCACACUCCAGGAUCACUACGCGCGCUCUUUUGGCGCUGACGAUUCUCGCGCCUAUUCCAAAGCCAUGGACUGCUUCGUCCGUAGUCUCGCAGCGUACAGUAUCAUUAGCUAUGUCUUGCAGCUCAAAGACCGCCAUAAUGGCAAUAUCCUCAUCGACUCCGACGGCCACGUCAUCCACAUCGACUUUGGCUUCAUGCUCAGCAACAGCCCAGGAAACAUGGGCUUCGAAGCCGCGCCCUUCAAACUCACCAUGGAAUACGUCGAACUGCUAGGCGGGGUUGACGGCGGCUAUUUCGCAAAGUUCAAGGAGCUGAUGAAAGACGCCUUCCAAGCCUUGCGCCGCGAGGCUGAGCGCAUCGUCACCCUUGUUGAGCUAAUGGGCAAGGAGAGCCGCAUGCCGUGCUUCAACGGCGGCCUCGCGAGCGUGGUUGCGUCACUGCGCGCCCGCUUCGUGCUUGAAAAGAGUCAGGAGGAGGCGCGGGAGUGGGUGGAGGAUUUGGUGGUGAAGAGUGUGGGCAGCUAUUAUACCCGUCUUUACGACACUUAUCAGUAUCGCACGCAAGGAAUCUAUUGACGAGUGAGAGCUAUGGACAAUAUAAUUCCUGCUAGAACCUAGAGAGGCAAUUUUCAAAAUAAAAUUAUGGCAUUCAGGACCAGUGAUGCUCAACUGGAAAUCAUUGGUGUUCCAAUGU